AUGGUGAAUCAAAAACCUUUCCACAAAACCCACAUCUUACUUUCUCUUCUAGUCUUCACCAAUGUGGCUCUGCUCGUGACCUCCAAGUCCACAAUCGAGCCCUGCGCGAACUCAGACUCGUGCAACGCCUUGCUCGGCUACACCGUUUACACCGACCUCAAGGUCUCCGAGGUGGCCUCGCUCUUCCAAAUCGACCCAAUUGCUCUUCUCACCGCCAAUGCCAUCGACAUUUCGUAUCCUGACGUCGAAAACCACAUUCUCCCUUCCCAGCUCUUCCUCAAAAUCCCAAUCGUCUGUUCCUGCGUCGAUGGAAUUCGCAAAUCGGUCUCGACCCACUACAAGACCCGGCCUUCCGAUACGUUAGCCUCCAUCGCUGAUUCGAUAUAUUCGGGUCUGGUAUCUGCAGACCAGAUUCGGGAGGCCAAUUCCAUUUCGGACCCUUCGGUUCUGGAUGUGGGGCAGACUCUUGUGGUGCCUCUGCCCUGUACUUGCUUCAAUGGGACUGAUAAUUCGUUGCCUGCUAUCUACUUGUCGUAUGUGGUGACCCCGGUGGACACUUUGGCUUGGAUUGCGGCUAGGUACUCGACCACCCUUACUGAUUUGAUGAAUGUUAAUGCCAUGGGAAGUACGGCCAUUAAAGCUUCUGAUAUACUUGCAAUCCCAUUGCCUGCUUGUGCAUCAAACUUCCCGAGAUAUGCUGCAGAUUACGGCUUAAUCGUGCCCAAUGGGAGCUAUGCCAUUACAGCAAGUCACUGCUUGCAAUGCAGUUGUGGGCCUGGGAAUCUCAAUUUGUACUGCCAGCCUGCUUCAUUAGCAGUUUCAUGUUCGAGCAUGCAAUGUAGAAACAGUAACCUCAUGGUCGGGAAUGUUACAGUCCAGCAGAGUGGUGGUGGUUGCAAUGUCACUUCUUGUAACUAUGGUGGUUUUGUGAAUGGCAGCAUAAUCACAACGUUGUCUACAUCUCUCCAACCCCGCUGCCCAGGUGCACAGAAAUUUCCACCACUUAUAGCCCCACCUACUUCGGUAAACCGGGAUACAACCUUUGCACCCUCACCUGCUCCCCAAUCAGAUGGCGCCGGAGGCACGGGGGCACCCAAGUCGUCUUCAUUGGUACCUUCAACAACCAGCAUGCUUCCAGGAUUGGCCCCAAUAGGUGGCCCUGCUGGGAGUGCUUCUGGGAGUGCUUCUGAUGCCUGCUCCUUGAUUAAUCCAUUGGCCAAUUUUCCAACUGCAGUUUUGUUGCUUUUGUAUGUCAAGUUCAUGAUGGCCAUCUUAUAA